AUGGAUGCUUGCUGCAGCAGCUGUUGCUUUCCUUAUCGCUGCAGCUGCUGCUGCUGUUGUUGUUGCUGCUGCUGCUGCUUCAGCGCUUUGAAAGAGAAGGACGCAAAAAUCCCCCAGCCUUUUCAGCCCUGGCGCUGCUGCAGCAGCAACGGCAAAGCCAGCAGCAGCAGCGAUAUCGGGAGCAGCAGCAGCAACGAGAAGGCCAGCAGCAGCAGCAAAACUGAAUCGUUUAAACCUGCUGCAGCAGUAGAAGGGAGCCUCGAGCGGGAUCCUGCUGCUGCGCUUGCUGCAGCAGCAGCAGCAGAUGGUGCAGCAGCACCAGCGGAUGGAGCAGCAGGCACAGCAACAGCAGCAGAUGGAGCAGCAGCAGCAACAGCAGCUGCUGCUGCUGCAGCAGAGGAGGCCGAGAUCAGAUGCCCCAAAAGAGGAAUUUUCAGCGGCCGCUUUUUCCAAAUCUCUCGAGAGCUGGACGCCGACAUCAAAU